AAGAAGCGAAGGUCAAACUUCUACUGAAACUUCCGUCGAUGCUUGAGGGGACGAGCGGAGUACUCAAGCAAGGAUGGCGACUGUUGCGGAUGGCCGCGAUGGAUUCAAAAGAAGAACUUCCCCCCAUAACUGAAUUUGCUCUUCCUCCAUCUUUUCAGUCUUGUUGGAAAGGCCCCUAACCCAAUCAUCGCUUGGUACUGUACUUUAUCGUCGCGAACCCGCGAGCCAAUGCCUACAAUUACCGUAACGAACGUACGCGUUUUCGACGGCGAGAACGUCGUUGAUGGCCUAUCCGAGGUCAGCUUCGAUACGUCAACCGGCCUCAUUAUCCCCAAGGCCGACGAUGGAACUAUCGUCGAUGGCACCGGUUGUACUCUCCUUCCAGGUCUCUGGGACACUCACGUUCAUCUAUCCACGCCCACACAUGAAGAGACCCUAAAGUCAAUCCCUCUGCUCAAGGACAUGGUAGCCUGUGGCAUCACCAUGGCGGUUGACUGUGGCCGAAUGAGCACCGAGCAUUACGAGCUCUUCCGGAACGAGGCCAUCGCGCCCGAUAUCUUCUAUACCGGAAAUUUUGCCACCAGCACCGGGAGUACGCACUCGAAGAUGCAAAUGGCAGAUGCCGGGAGCCUUGUGGACACGGUGGAGGCCGCGGCCGAAUUUGUCGAAGAGCGUGUCAAAGAAGGAGCGCACUAUAUCAAGAUCGUCGCCGAUGUCCCUGGGCCGAGCCAGGAGAUUGUCAACCAGCUUUCAAAGGCAGCCAAAGAACAUGGGAGAAUGACGAUUGUGCAUGCUGCCUGCCAUGACGCCUUUCUUAUGGCGCUCAACACCGAACCGACAGUCUCGAUCAUUACGCACGUCCCCAUGGACGGCCCGGUUACGCUAGACGAAGCAAAGCUGAUGAAAGCCAAAGGAAUCAUAGCAGUCCCCACGCUCGUCAUGUGCGAAACAAUAUGUGCUUCAGGAUGGAUCCCGGCCAUCUCUUUUCCGCCUGCGCUUGAGUCGGUCAAGGCGUUGCACGCCGCCGGAGUCCCGAUUCUCGUGGGGACAGACUCAAAUCGGAGCACUAUUGCUUGUGUACAACAUGGGCAAGCGCUCUGGAAGGAGAUGGAGCUGCUGGCACAGGCGGGGUUAAAUCCCAUUGAGAUUCUGAAUGGCGCUACACAGCUUUCGGCUGACAUGUUGAAGGUCCUUGAGUGCGGUGUCAUCGGUGAUGGAAAGAGAGCGGAUCUACUACUCGUUCAAGGCGAUCCGACGACCGAUAUUCAAGCUCUGAGGAAGGUGGUCAAGGUGUGGAAGGCCGGCAAAGAAAUCUAUCAAAGAGCCGACGGUGCUUAGAAGAGAUUAGGCUUCUUGCGGCAGACUACUAUGCGAUGACGGAGUUGAGGUGCCCAGUCUUCUUACUGCUGCAACAGAAUCUGUGUUCCAGUCCCGCGCCCUGUUUUCAAGCCAGAUUGCCCUUUUCC